UUUUAUGUGAACACCAUUCAUCGUUAACAGCUGAAUGUGUAUAGAAAUACAUAAUCAGCUUUCAUCUGAUCGUGUUUACGGUUCUGUUUGUGUAGAAUAAGAAGUGGAGGAUGUUUUGAAAUGUUUAUUGCGUAAGCAGAAGUCCUUUUUUUCUCUAAAAUGAUUUGGCUGUGGGCAUGACCAAUCAAUUUUAAGUGUGGUAGAAGGACAGUUGCAUGCCAUUUCAGAGUAUAAAAACAGAUGGUCAGACGCUCCACCUGGUCAAGUCUGGUGAACAGGCCUCCUUUCCCAUUUCUCUUGCGCCUCGUUUGGUUUCUGAUGAGUACAAUCCGGUGUCCCUCAGACAGAAGUCAAAGAAGAAGAAUUGUGGAGGAAGUCCAAGAAUGAGCAGAAGGAGAGUUUCAGUGAAAGAUCUGAAGCCAGUGGACCAUCAGGGCUGGCUUUACAGGAAGAAAGAGGGGAAGGGAUUUCUGGGUAUUAAGUGGAAAAAGUAUUGGUUCAUCCUAAAGGAAACCUCUCUGUACUGGUACCAAAAUCAAGUGGCUGAUAAAGCAGAAGGCUUUAUAAAUUUGACAGAUUUUGUAAUUGACAGGGCUACGGAAUGUAAGAAAAAAUAUGCGAUCAAAGCUUGCCAUCCCAAAGUCAUGAUGUUUUACUUUGCAGCAGACAGCAAUGAGGACAUGAACUUAUGGUUGAAUAAACUUGGUUUGGCAUCUAUUCAGUAUGAACCCACAGAGGUUCAUACAGCUGAAUGCUACAGUGAGGCCAGUGAUCAGGAGGAGUCCACUGACACACCACCACCGCCAUACUCUGAGCACCACACCCAAGCUGUAGCAUGUGUCAAUGGUCCAUCAGCCACUGUGCACCAGGGAAGCCUUCCUCCUCCAUAUUCCUCCCCUGUUCCUAGUGAAGCCACUGGAACCCUCUCCUCCCCAGUCAGUACAAUGACGUCCCACAGCUCUGUCUCUUCUCUGGCAAAGCAUAGACGGUCUUGGCUGGACCUUGUCUCCCAGACAAACCCUACUGCUGGUGAAACAGUGGUCUGCUCUGCUGUGGUCCAUACAGUGAGCACCACAAUAAAGGAAACCUCACCACGUAGUGAAGCCACAACUCCAUCUCAAGACCCCCUUGGAUGCUCAUCUAGCACAUCACCUAUGGCAAUAUCUGCAGAGCCAGAGGAACCAGAAACGCAGCUGAUCUCAAAUGACACCAGACCUGAAAUUCUAGACGGACAGGAAGGAACUGAUGAUGAGAUGGAAAGGUUGUACUUACAUUUGAAAAGAGCAAGUUUGUCUCCAACGGGUGAGCGGAAGCCAUCUUCAAAAUGGGAAUUACGAGCCUCCUUUAUAAAGCGUUGCAAAAACCAGACACUCAAUGAGAAGAUACAUCUCAUCAGAACCCUCAACAGCACUCUAAAGGCUAAAGAAGCAGAUCUCCUGACUUUGGAGCAGGUACUGGCUGACUCCGUUCUCACUGCAAGUAAAUUCAAGGAGUGGAAAGAGACCAAUGCUGUUCUGCUGCAGGAGAUUAUUCUGAGCCACCCCCUACAGACUGAGCACUUGAACGCCCCUAGUGCCUCAGCUGUGCAUCCCUCAACAUAGAUGUGUAUACACACUGAAAGAGUAUACACCACAACACAAACACUGCAAAAAUGGAGAGUUUCCAAAUCUGGUCUUGACAUAAGAAUGAAAAAAAUUUAUCUAAGACUACCGUUACUUUCACUUGCCACCAUUUGUCUAUUUAUUUUUAUUUUAUUAUUUGUAUUUUUUUUACAGAUGUAAAAUCGGUCUGUUACUAAUAGGUUGUUUUAAAAUCCUUGUUGUUUCUAUUGGAUACCUGUUGAAAAACCUGUGGCAUCUUACUGAUGUUAAAAUACAUUCUUAUGAAUCAUUUUAGAAAACCAAACAUGUUUAGUCAAAUGUUUAAUUGCAUAUGUGAUUUUCAUUGUUUUUUCUGCAUUCAGUGCAAACCUAGUAACCUAAUGUGCUGAUUAUAGGCAGUCUGUAUAGCUUGCCAUGUUUGUAUUAUUGUAAAUACAUCUGUUUAGAUAUAUUUAUUGAUUAAAAGUAUGAUGCAACUGCUUUGAAUCACAAAUGUGAGCACUGUUCAUAGUAUAAAUAAUAUUGUACAUAUACAUUACUGUCAUAUUUAGACAACUAUUAAAUAAUUAAAUCUCA